AUGGGAUAUAAGGCACCUGCAGCUGCAAUGGAUCGCGUUAGCUUUCUUUGGAGGCUACGGCGUCGUGCCCGUCGAGGAGCUCUGUGUAUGGUACUAUUCUGCAUGACCAUGGCUGUUUUAUACACGCUCUGUGCGGAAAACAGCGUUCCUGUCACCGACGCCAUCUUUGGUGUGCGAGCAAGGACUCGGGCUCAACCAAGGACGCACUCUAUAAUCAAGGUGUUGCAUGGAGCAGCAGGACCGAAGCCAAUUUACAUCGAUCCUCAAAAGCUCCCAGGUGUCAUCCCUGGAGAUCCCCAAAAACCAAUCCCUGUGCUCUCCUCCUCCAACUAUACUAUGGAGAGCAGCCGCAAGGAUCUCCGUUUCAAGAGCAAAAACAGAGAGUCACAUGGGCUAUUCUCCAGGUUCAUGCCCAGGCCUCUGAGACGUGCUCUGGAGAUAAUCUUUGGAGGCCGACGGAGUGGAAACUCAGGAGGGGAUGCUGAGUUUUUUGGACCCAAUGGAGCACUAGGAGAAAUCUGGGAUGACAAUAUGUCUAGUACCAUGCUGGGGAAAAGGCUAAGGAAGGUUGUGCAGAACUAUCAGGCCAUGAACAAAUAUGGGGUACAGUACUCUGGUUCCGAAGGUGCAGCUGGUCGUCCUAAGUUGAGUGGUCCUGAACUCCUUUGUCAACUCAAGCAGAUGGUGCAAGUCAUGACAAUUACUCCAGACAUGGAGCCAUUUUCAGGACUUUCUUGGGCCUCCCAGUUGCCUCCACGACCCCUCACUGCAGAUGUUGGCCCAUUUAAGAACUGUGCUGUGGUAUCAUCAGCAGGGUCUUUGAAGAGCUCAGGAUUAGGAAAGGAGAUUGAUAGCCAUGAUGCAGUGGUACGGUUCAAUGCUGCACCCACAGCAGGAUUUGAAAAAGAUGUAGGCUCAAAAACCACUAUGCGCCUAAUAAACUCACAGGUUAUGGCAGCUGAAGACCACCAUUUUCUCUCCAGUUCCUUGUACAGCAGUGGCAUUUUAGUAGGAUGGGAUCCUGCACCAUAUUCCUCUGACCUUAAUGAGUGGUAUAACAAAACAGACUACCCUAUAUUCAAGCAAUAUCAGAGGUAUCGUCGCUUGCAUCCUCAACAGCCAUUUUAUAUUCUGCACCCCCGAGUGGAAUGGCAACUGUGGGAACGAAUUCAAGAUAACAUGGCAGAGCCAAUCCAAAAAAACCCUCCAUCCUCUGGACUGAUGGGCACUGUUAUAAUGAUGUCACUGUGCGAGGUGGUGCACAUGUACGAGUUUCUGCCGUCACGACGUAAAACCGAGCUUUGCCACUACUACCAGCGUUUCAGCGAUGCUGCCUGCACCCUGGGUGCUUACCAUCCACUGCUCUACGAGAAGAACCUGGUGAAGAGGAUGAACCAGGGGCUUGAUCGUGAUAUCUACACAUAUGGGCGAGUCACUCUGCCAGGUUUCAGCACCUUUAAUUGCACCCCCGGUUCUACUCCCAGCCCACCCUCAAAGGCAUAG